AUGGUUGGUGAGAAGAAGACUGUCGACCCGGCGCUAUCUGAGUUUUACGAAGCUAUGGAGAGGACUAAUGCUGAAAAGAUUGCACAUGAGACAUUGGCUGGGAUAUCUGAGAGUUCCAGUGACAGUGACGGCUUUGAUGCAGAAAGUGAGAAUGAGGGUGCUAAAGAUUGGCCCUGGAGGCCAAGUCAUGUUGUCUUUGGAAAGUCAACAAUCAAACAAGGACAGAUUGAUGCCAUGAGGGGAAGGAGCCAAUUUGACGAGCCAAAUGACGACUGGCUAGAUGCCAUUGACGCAACCAGUGAUGAGUUGCUUGGCGCCUACUCAAGGGCCAAAGAUGAUGCCAUGGCAGAGUCUGAAGCAUGGAAUGGAUACAGAAAGCCACCAUCAGAACAAAAGUACUCUGAGGAUGUCGGUCAUAUCCACCAAGGACUCAAUUUCGAGCCCACCAGGGAGGAGCUGGAUAGCUUAUCGAAAGCGUGUAGCCGACUUUGGGAGCUCGAUAUGAACCGUAUCGUUCCUGGUAAGGACUACAUAAUCGACUGUGGCGAGGGGAAGAAAGUUUAUCAGAAGGGUGAUAUGGCAUCCGAAAGCUUGUUCAGCUGGCUAGGCGACGAUGUGCUAAGAAAACCCACCUACUCACGUUUUUGCGCACUUCUGGAUAACUAUAACCCCCACCAGGAUAAGCACGAAGAAAUAGCUUUUGUUGAAGAGAUCGCCAGAACAUCGCCAAUUAAGUACUUGCACCGGUACUUAGUGCAGAAGGGGGUUGUGCCUCAGGACUAUGAGGACUUCAAGAAAAUGCUGACAUCCCUAUGGUUUGAUUUGUAUGGAAGAGGUGGCAACUCUAGCUGCUCUACUGCCUUUGAGCAUGUGUUUGUUGGUGAGAUCAAAGGACCGGGACAAGGGGAAAGUGAGGUAUCAGGCUUCCAUAACUGGAUUCAGUUUUACUUGGAAGAAGCCAAGGGAAAUGUGGAUUACCAAGGUUAUAUAUUUCCAAGGCGCCGUGGUGAAUCGCCUGAUUCAGAGAUACAGCUGCUGAUUGUUCAGUUUGAGUGGCAUGGCGUGCUGAAAUCAGUAUCCAACACGUUGAUUGGCGUCAGUCCUAAGUUCGAGGUUGCACUCUACACGUUGUGCUUUUUUGUUGGAGGGGAAGAUAACCGCGUCGAUAUUGGCCCAUACAGUGUGAACGUCAAGUGCUACCGAUUAGGGAAUAACAAAAUUGGAUCAACCUUUCCCAUUGCAGAGAACUGAUU